AUGACACGCGUGUCAACUGCAGUUACCACGUUUAAAAACAUUCCUGCACGGACACGAUCUCAGCGAGAUGCACUUUGUGACAAAGAGCAGCUUGAGAAAGAUCGAUUGCGUGCUCGUAAAGAAGGUUUUGUACGUCCGGAUACAUCUGAAGAAGAAGUUCGAAAAAUGUUGACUCAAUUGGGUAUUACUCAAGCUCUUGGCGCAAAGAAAAUCGACGCUAUUCUUGAUUACGUUGACGCAUUACCGACUAGGUCUCUUCGCUAUGAUGAUUUCUGUCGAUUUGUAUAUGGUAAUCCAAAGCCAAACGAAGUGGUAGAGACCAACUUUACUAGCUGUACAAACAACAGACAGUUAAAAAAUAAUGAUCAGCCGGACAAAGCUAAUAUUGCGACGUUAGAUUCGGAUUGUGUGGUCUCGUUGUUACGGGCCAAGUAUGAGUCCCGACGACUUCAACACGUCUUUCGUGCAUGGGAUAUUGAUAAAAGUGGCAGUAUAACCAUGUCAGAGCUUGAGAAUAAUCUACAUCGUCAAGGCUUACAAAUUGCGAAAUCACAAUUAAAAAAACUUUUUGAUACGUAUGAUCAAGACCAUGAUGGCCAAUUAUUAUACCAUGAGUUCAUGCGUCUAGUGUAUGGACCAAUAUACGAGCAACGUCAUAGUUGCUUAGCAGAGCAACGUCGAAAGAAACAUCUUAGCCGAUUGAUGCAUGAAGGGGAUCCGUUAGAUUUUAUUCGACGCUCAGUGUUGAAGCAGACAAGUCAUAGAAUUGAUAACACGAAGUUAAAGGCUGCACUUCGAUGCAAACUGAAGACAUUAGCUGCAAGACCAAACUUAUCUGACGAAAACCAAGACGAAACUCUACAUUACAAUGAGCUUUACCAUGGGCUGCAAGAUUUGGGUUUUGAGUUGAGCAAACAUGAGUUUCUUCAAAUAGCAAAAGGCGUUGAUGCUGACGGCAGUGGGAAAGUUAGCUUGGAUGCUUUUUGUGAUAUCUUUAAAGGUGCUGAAGCAUUUAAUCGACAGAUUGAAUAUGAUACCAGUGCAAAGGUAGAAGAGCAGAGACUUUCAGCAGAUAAGAAUCACCGGCAAGAUACAAAGGCGUUCGACUAUUCAAAUCCAUCAAGACGACUAGAAGUUCCAACGCGACGUGGUCGUACUCCUUACACCAAUACAAAAGGACUAAUUGUGUAUGGACCAAUAUACGAGCAACGUCAUAGCUGCUUAGCAGAGCAACGUCGAAAGAAACAUCUUAGUCAAUUGAUGCAUGAAGAGGAUCCGCUAGAUUUUAUCCGACGCUCAGGUGCUGAAGCAUUUAAUCGACGACAGAUUGACAAUGAUACCAGUGCAAAGAUGGAAGAGCAGGGACCUUCAGCAGAUGAGAAUCACCGGAAAGAUACAAAGGCGUUCGACUGUUCAAAACCAACAAGACGACUCGAAGUUCCAACGCGACGUGGUCGUACUCCUUACACCAAUACAAAAGGACUCAUUGGUAAUCAAGAGAUCGUAUCAAAUCCAACUCAAUUUACAACAAAAGCACAGUUAUACGGUAAUGUCAUCCUAACGCUUGGACAAGAAGACAAAAAACGGCACAAUGUUGCCAUUGCCAAUCGACUGCAGCGGUUGCGUAUUCAUAUGGAACGUCAUGAAUCACAAGCCAAGCUGCUCGAGAAAUCGAAUUCUCUGGCUUGA